AUGGAUCCCGGCAUGGUUUGCCUUGGGACACCGGGAGCCGCGACAGGCCUGCUAAUAGUACUAGAGGGAGAUGGUAUCCCUGCGCUAAAAGACUUGAAAUAUGCUCGUCGCGAAGACAUCGCAAUGUCGUCCCAGUCGUCAGCGGAAAAGAAUCCGGAAGCUGCCUCGAAAGUCAGCCCAGGCAGUUCCAGCCAUGAGGGCCAUCACCACCUCAAGGAGAAGUCCCCUGGUGUUGCCCGCAUCGAGGCUAUUGCUGCCUGUCUUACACCUGUGACGCGCACCGUUCUCUUCGCUGGCAUCUUCUUCCUUGGAUACUCCUUUGGGCUUGACGCCGUUCUGCGCAAUGUGUAUCAGACCUACGCCACGGCAAGCUACGACGAUCACUCUCUGCUGUCGACGAUUAACGUUAUCCGCACUGUUUUUGCCGCUGCUACUCAGCCGACGACCGGUAAACUUGCGGAUGCCUUUGGUCGCAUCGAAACGCUUUGCCUGUCAGCCCUUUUCUAUCUCCUCGGCACCAUCGUCGAAGCCAGCUCGACGGGGCUGGCCGCCUUCUGCGCCGGGGCAGUGUUAUACACCCUGGGGUUCACCAUUGUCCAGACUUUGGUGGACAUUAUCAUCGCGGAUGUCACUUCUACACGCGUGCGGCUUCUCGCCACGUACGUCCCGAACCUGCAUUUCAUCAUCACCGCAUGGGUGUCGGGGAAUAUCUCUUCGGCUGUCUUGGAUGGAACUAGCUGGCGAUGGGGGAUGGGAAUGUGGUGUAUCAUCUUUGCUGUCCUGUUGACUCCUGUCAUUGGGACGCUCGUGUUCGUCAGUCGCCGUACUCCCCACGGGGCUGUUAACGCACAAGCAUCUCGACGGAUGCCGCUGGGACAACUGUUCUGGCAGCUCGACGUUCCAGGGGUAAUCCUUCUCGUCGCCUCGCUUGCUCUUUUGCUUACCCCGUUGACCAUCGCCGGGGGCGAAAGACCAAAGUGGCGGACAGCAGGUGUGAUCGCACCGCUCGUGAUCGGAUUCUGCUGUAUACCACUGUUUGUCAUCUGGCAGCUACGCGCUCCACACCCACUGGCUCCCUUCCGCUUCCUGAAAGACCGCGGCGUCUGGAGCCCGCUGGCCAUUGCCACGUUCAUGAACUUCGCGUACAUGAUGCAGGGUAACUACCUCUACACGGUGCUUAUCGUGGCCUUUGACUUUUCCGUUACGACCGCAACCAGAAUCACAACGCUGUACAUGUUCACCUCGUUUGUCGUGGGUCCGAUAUGCGGCCUUCUCGUCUAUCGGAUCCGACGCCUGAAAUACUUCAUCGUCGCCGGGACUAUCCUCUUCCUCGUCGGGUUCGGCCUUCUUAUCCGCUACCGGAGUGGCCCAGGCGGCUCCUCUCGAGCAGGUGUCAUUGCCGCACAGGUCGUACUUGGUGUCGCAGGCGGGCUCGCACCAUACGCAUCUCUUGCCUCUCUUCAGGUUUCCCUGAAGCACGAAGCAAUGGGCGUAAUGACCGGUCUAUUCCUGGCAUGCCACAGUAUCGGCGACGCACUCGGUAACAGCGUCGCCGGGGCGAUUUGGACGCAGGUUCUCCCCUCAAGGCUAGCAUCCAAUCUAUCAAUCCAGCCCAAUAGUGCCCUUGCGGCGCAGGUGUAUGGAAAUCCGUUUGCCAUCGUUGCUCAGUAUCCUAUUGGGACCGAGGUUCGGACGGCCAUUGUCGAUAGUUAUCAGUAUGUGCAGCGGUACUUGUGCAUUACCGGGAUAUGUCUGUCUAUUCCUCUGAUUGGGUUCGCGUUUUGUCUACGGAAUCCGGUCCUUGAUCAGAGUCAGAGCCUGUUCGAGGAGAAGGAAGAGUCAGGUCGCGAGACAUUGUCGGGCCGUGAUCAGUGA